GCCUGUGCUUCGGCGCGUUGGAUCGAUAUGGCGACCGAAGGGGACGUGGAGCUGGAGUUGGAAACCGAGACCAGCGGUCCGGAGCGACCUCCAGAGAAGCCACGGAAGCAUGACAGUGGUGCGGCGGACCUGGAGCGAGUCACCGACUAUGCAGAAGAGAAAGAGAUCCAGAGUUCCAAUCUGGAGACGGCUAUGUCCGUGAUUGGAGAUAGACGGUCCCGGGAGCAGAAAGCCAAACAAGAGCGGGAGAAGGAACUGGCGAAAGUCACCAUCAAGAAGGAAGAUCUGGAGCUAAUAAUGACAGAGAUGGAGAUCUCAAGAGCAGCAGCAGAACGAAGCCUGAGGGAACACAUGGGCAAUGUGGUAGAGGCUCUCAUUGCCCUAACCAACUGAUUUGUGCUGACUUACCCACUGGAUUAACUUAUUUCAAUAAAGUUUUGUCCUUUUAUUUUUGCAGUUUUAUCAUCUCAGAUCAAGUGCACUGUGUGUAUUUUGUGGGAAAUUUAUGUGUUGGAGUAAAAUAGAAUUUAAGUGAAUCUCUCCCUUCCCCCUCAAACCCUUAAUGAAGGGGCACAGAAAAGAGCACAUCAUGCAGAUGCUAGUUGGGAGGCCAGGCUUAUUCAGUCUAGAUCUCAAAAGUAUCUAAGGUACAUUUGGAAUCUUGGCAGUUAAUAUAUCCCCACGGUGUGUCACCGUGAUAGUUUCUGAACAGCCUAAAGGUCAGUGCCUGCCUGGGAUCCACUACAGAUUUAAGUCAUUAAGCUCAUUUGCAAGUCAUUUUUGAGUUGGAAUUUAAGUAAUGGAGGUGAGAAUAUAGAACAAUGGAAAAUAUCAAAGGUUAGGUCUUAUAUAGCAUUAAUCUAUGAAAGAUCUUGAAUUUAUGAAAUAUUGAAUUCUGAACUCCAAGUAUACCUUCUAUUCCAUUUCCUAUCCUAGAGAAAAGACAACUGUACUUUAAAAUUAAAUUUAGCCACAUGGUAUUUGCUGAGUGCCUUUUCAGCUAUAAAAUGAUGUUCCUGAUUAAGUUGUGAGAACUGAACAACUGGGCCUCUAGUGGUACAGGGGUUAAAGCCUCAGCACUAUCCAGCUGUCACUGGCCGCUCCAAUGAAUUUGAUCCCUGGCUAGG